AAUAAGUUGAUUAAGAAGAAAAAUGGAGAGCAAAUGGAGUGUGGUGAUGAUGGUGUACUUCGUUUUUGUGGUGAUUGCUGCCAUUGGAGGAGAAGCAGAAGAUCAUCUUUCAUGUGAAACGAAAUGUGCAAUCACCUGCAAAGAUUCGAUGUUCCCUAAAAAAUGCUCAACCAAGUGUUUGGAAAGUUGUAGACGUUAUCCACCUACUCAACUUCACACUCGCAUGAUUGCUGCUGCCAUUGAAGGAGAACCGAGUCUUGGAUGUAGCUUUAAAUGUGAAAUACACUGCAAAACUCCGUUCCCAACUACAGCUUGCUUCAAACGGUGCAUUAGAGAGCGCUGCGAGCAUCUUCCACCUACUAGUACCUUUCACUCAACUUCACACUCGCCGAUGAAGAGUAGAGGGCUGAAAGAGAAGAGAUGGUAGAGAUAAUUUAUAAAAUUGCCAAUUGUCA